UUGGUCUUUCCUAUCAUUGUCAGUGCAUGAUGCCAAUACAAGAAACAAAACCAAAACAGAGAGAUACGCAAGCAAAGAGUAUUCAACAGCUCAACCUCUUUGUUUUUUGUAAUGCUUACGUUUUAAUAGUAACGAUCGAUCGAUGGAAGAUGGAGGCUCAGUUUUGGUGGAAACCCACAACAAUUCAAUGUCAAUGGUGGACUCUGAGGCUUCUAACCGGUUAAAAAUUACGUUUAAUGGGCCUGCCAAGAGCUGGACCGACGCCAUUCCGAUCGGGAACGGCCGCCUUGGUGCCAUGGUGUGGGGUGGCGUCCCAUCUGAAAUUAUUCAGCUCAAUGAGGACACCCUUUGGACAGGAACUCCAAGUGACUAUACAAACCCUGAUGCCCCAGAGGCAUUAUCUGAGGUCAGGAAUCUUGUUGACAAUGGAAAAUAUACUGAAGCUACUGAAGCAGCAGUCAAAUUGUUUGGAAAUACUACUGAAGUUUACCAGCUCCUUGGUGAUGUCAAGCUAGAAUUUGAUGACUCACAUAUUCCAUAUUCUGAAGAAACAUAUCAUAGAGAGCUAGACUUGGAUACUGCAACUGCUAGGAUACGGUAUUCUGUGGGUGAUGUAGAAUAUACCAGGGAACAUUUUGCAUCUAAUCCUGAUCAAGUGAUUGUGAUAAAGAUUUCUGGAAGCAAACUAGGGUCUGUUUCUUUUACAGUGUCUCUGGAUAGUAAGUUAGAUCAUCAUUGUUACAUAAAUGGCAAAAGUCAGAUUAUAAUGGAAGGAAGUUGCCUCGGGAAAAGGAUUCCACCAAAAGUGAAGGCAGGUGACAAUCCAAAGGGAAUUCAGUUUUCUGCUGUUCUUGAUUUACAGAUUAGUGAGGGCAUAGGUGUGAUACAUGUUUUGGACAACAUGACAUUGAAGGUUGAAGGUUCAGAUUGGGCUUUGUUGCUUUUAGUUGCUUCUUCUUCUUUUGAAAGCCCAUUUACCGAGCCAUCAGAUUCAAGGAAAGAUCCUACUUCCGAGUCUCUCCGUGCUUUGAAGUCAAUAAUAAAUCUGUCAUAUUCUGAUCUAUAUGCUCGCCAUUUAGAUGACUAUCAGAAUCUUUUUCACCGGGUUUCAUUUCAGCUCGGGAAAAGCCCUAACAAAAUUACUAAUGAUGGGUCUCUUGUGAUCAAUAAUCUUAUGCCUUCUGCAAAUGCUGUGUAUUUCAAAGGGAACAAUGAUGAUGGAGUUCCAACAGUUCAGAGAAUAAAAUCUUUUCAAUCCGAUGAAGAUCCUUCACUAGUGGAGCUUCUGUUCCAGUUUGGUCGAUAUUUACUUAUUUCUUGCUCACGCCCUAGAACUCAAGUGGCAAACCUGCAGGGUAUAUGGAACAAAGAACUUAAGCCAAAAUGGGACUGUGCUCCUACCUUGAACAUCAAUCUUGAAAUGAAUUACUGGCCUGCACUACCAUGCAACCUUAGUGAAUGCCAGGAACCCUUGUUUGAUUUUAUCAAGCAUCUAUCAGUCAACGGAAGCAAAACUGCGCAGGUGAACUAUCAAGCAAGUGGUUGGGUGGCACAUCAUCGCUCUGACAUAUGGGCAAAAUCAUCAGCAAGUGGAGGAAAGGUUAAGUCGGCAUUGUGGCCAAUGGGUGGGGCCUGGCUUUGUACCCAUUUGUGGGAGCACUAUAAUUACACAAUGGACCAGGAUUUUCUAGAAAAUGAGGCAUACCCUCUGUUGGAAGGAUGUACAUCAUUUUUGUUAGACUGGUUGAUUGAAGGGCCUGAAGGAUAUCUGGAAACCAAUCCAUCAACUUCUCCAGAACAUUCAUUUAUUGCUCCAGAUGGAAAGAUUGCCAGCGUGAGUUACUCAUCAACCAUGGACAUGGCAAUCAUAAGAGAAGUUUUUUAUGCAGUUAUUGCUGCUUCUGAGAUUUUGGGCAAAAAUAAGGAUGCUCUUGUUCAAAAAGUGCGUGUUGCUGAACCAAGGCUUUAUCCGACAAGAAUUGCUAGGGAUGGCUCUGUUAUGGAAUGGGUAAAAGAUUUUGAAGACCCAGAAGUGCACCAUCGACAUCUUUCACAUCUAUUUGGCCUGUUUCCAGGGCAUUCAAUAACCAUUGAGAAAAAUCCAGACCUAUGUAAAGCUGCAGAGAACACCCUCUAUAAACGAGGAGAGGAUGGUCCAGGUUGGUCAACUACCUGGAAAAUUGCUCUGUGGGCGUGUCUACACAACAGUGAGCAUGCAUACAGGAUGGUUAAGCAUUUGAUUAAGCUGGUGGACCCAGACCAUGAGAUAGCUUUUGAAGGUGGACUAUACAGCAACUUGUUUGCAGCGCAUCCUCCGUUUCAGAUUGAUGCCAACUUUGGUUUUACAGCAGCAGUUGUAGAAAUGCUCAUCCAGAGUACCUUGAAUGAUUUGCACCUGCUUCCUGCACUACCCCGAGAUAAAUGGAUGAAUGGAUCUGUAAAAGGAUUAAGGGCGCGUGGGGGGUUGACAGUCAACAUAAGAUGGAAAGAAGGGGAUCUCCAUGAAGUUUGUCUUUGGAUGAAGAAUGGAAGAAGCCUACAUAGACUACAUUAUAGAGGAAUUACAGUGACAACAAACAUAUCUUCUGGCAUAAUUUACUCAUUUAACGCACAUUUAAAAUGUGUGAAUGCAUGUUCUAUACCUAAAGAGGGUUUUCUUUGAUAUAUUUUUCAUUCCCAAUUUGUUGAAUGGUAGAAUCAAAUAUAAUGCUUAGAGGAGCAUAUCUACCUAGAAACUUGAGUUCUUUGGCAAUGUAAAUGCUCUUUUAUGCUAACUUUUGGUUCCUCCAAAUGCAAAGUAUUUGUCAAACUCCAGUUGAGAAUGCAGAGGUUUAAUUUGAUCCAA